ACUUUUGGUACUGAAACACCAGUGAAGAAAACAAUAAACUUAGAAUUCAAAAACCUUAAUGAUGUGAAUAAAUAGUCUCCAGUAAAUGAAACCUGUGUUUGCUCAUAAGGUGUUCGACGAAAUUCCUAACAGAAAAUGCACAACCUAUAGGUCUUAACACUAAUCAACCCCAGCGUUUGCUCAUAAGCUGUUUGACGAAAUUCCUAAGAGAAAAUGCACAACCUUUAGGUUACAGUGAUAAAUUUAAUUCAAAGCUUGGUCUUUUGCUGGCAUAAUUUGCCACCUCAUUCAAGUUCUCUAUCGAUAUUGAAGCAAUUUGGACGGUUGAAAGUUAAUCCGAUGGGAAAAGCAUCGAGGGACAAAAGGGAUAUUUACUACCGCAAAGCAAAGGAAGAAGGGUGGCGUGCUCGAAGCGCCUUCAAGCUUCUUCAGAUUGAUGAGGAAUUUAACAUCUUUGAAGGUGUGAAGCGUGUUGUGGAUUUGUGUGCAGCACCAGGCAGCUGGAGUCAGGUUUUAAGUCGGAAGUUAUAUCUCCCAGCAAAGCUGUCACCUGAUACCAAGGACGAUGAUCUACCACUUAUUGUGGCUAUUGACUUACAGCCUAUGGCUCCCAUUGAAGGUGUUAUUCAAGUACAGGGUGAUAUAACAAAUGCUAAAACAGCUGAAGUGGUUAUUAGACAUUUUGAUGGAUGCAAGGCUGACCUUGUUGUCUGUGAUGGUGCACCUGAUGUAACGGGACUUCAUGACAUGGAUGAAUUUGUUCAAUCCCAGCUGAUAUUGGCGGGCCUAACCAUUGUGACUCACAUACUAAAAACAGGCGGAAAGUUCAUAGCAAAAAUUUUUCGAGGAAAAGACACAAGCCUCCUUUACUGUCAGCUAAAACUAUUUUUCACGGAAGUGACUUUUGCUAAGCCAAAAAGUAGUCGCAAUUCUAGCAUAGAGGCAUUUGCAGUUUGCGAGAAUUACUCUCCACCUGAAGGAUUCAAUGAGAAAGACCUUCAUCGCCUUCUUGAAAAAGUUGGAAGUCCAUCUGGCACUGAGGACCUAGAUUGCAGUAGUGGAUGGCUGGAAGGUCCUAAUAAGGUGUAUAUCCCAUUUCUGGCUUGUGGAGACCUAAGUGGAUACGAUUCAGAUCGUUCAUAUCCACUUUCUAGAGCUGCAGACGGAACCUAUCAGUGUUUAGAUCCUGUUCAACCUCCGAUUGCACCACCGUAUAAACGAGCUCUGGAAAUGAAGAAAGCUUCAAGUCAAGGAAUCCAUAAUUUUGACAAGCUUUCUCUUGGCCCCUGAGCAAGAACAGGGCUUAUAUGUCACCAAAUGUAAUGGCUCCUUGUUAACUGCUCUUGCAAUUGAUUAAUUGAAUGUGUUUCCGUAGACUUUGAAAAUUAGAACCAGACGAGAGAUAUAUACUUGUGUCCCCACUGUGGGAUGUAUGGUUGGCGCAUGUCACGAGUUUUGAGUCCUGCUUUGAACCAAGCCUGAUAUUUAAGUGGAGAAGGGUAGACAAGCGAGCCCAUUAUUCAUCAA